AUGGCGCGCCAGGAAAUGACCCAUUCGCCUGCCUACUAUCAGUGCCAGGAUUGGGUGACCACUGUAGACCCUCACGGCGCUUAUCCCUCGAGUCCCCCUACCGCCUAUCUACCGUCGAAGGAACAGCAGUUGUCCCUUACAAACCCGUACACUGUCUAUCGGAGCCCCGCAUCACAAGCCUCUUCUCCGGAGGCUCAUUCUACCUUGUCGGAGUCGUCGCGAGAGUCAUACUUGUCUACCAAGAACUUGGCGGAACCGGUUCAGCCCAAGCCGGGAUAUCUGCCAGCGCCGUUCAUGCUGUCGCCCGAUGCGGAAAAUGGCUCGAUAUCGAAUUUGACCCCCAGCAGCAAUGGACAUGCUCGCAAGGAGAGCAGCAACCGAUCGAGCUGGAGAGAGCAGCGCUCCUAUGUGUCUGGAGAGGUUACUCGGCAUAGUGGACCGCAUGUGCAGAGUCGAGGAUCUGUAUAUGCAGGAAUCGACGAGGAGCCAGUGAAAUCAGAUGGGAGUCGAAAUGCAUUGUUACUUCUGCUUCAUAUGUCGACCUCUGUACCUACGCUUUCUCUUGUGACUUGCCUGUAUACAAUGUUCAGCGUUGUCUUCCUCACACUGUCCUCUCCUCUUCGACUCUGUCCUCCAACACCUUUCUUCAAAUCCACAUCCUUUUCGACGCAACUAUGUCAGUUACUGGUGCCCGCUCUCCAUAUGCACGAACGCAUUAUGCGACCCAGAAAGUCAGGACAACGUCGACGGUCUUCUCAGGGUCUACAUUCGAAUGAUCCAUAUCGAUCUGCUCCGCUACCGUUGACAGAUUCCUAUUACGCCGCAAACAUCGUAUAUGUUCUUCUGCUUGCUCCUUUUCUUUGUCUUGGUCUUGAGCUCGCAGCAUGGACCGCUGCUUUUUUCUGGGUAUUUACCAUGAUGAUGGGUAACCCGGACGGGACCGAACGCAAAGACGAUGGCCGCGCCGCUGUCUUAGGCGUCGCCAAUUGGUGGCGCAAGUGGCUUAGAAGGGCCAGAAAGGCAUCAUGA